GGGCUGUAGUGGAGGGGGCAGGGCGCGAGGUAUCAUGGAGGAUCAGUAGGCAACCUGCGGCCAACAGAGAAGGGCAGCCACAGCUCUGAUCCCGGGGACUUUCGCAACUGUUCGUUGCUCGCUUCUGAACAACCACACGGUAUAUUCACCAUGGACAUGAAGAAGAGGAUCACUUUAGAGCUGCGGAACCGGAGCCCUGCAGAGAUUGUUGAGCUAGUCGUUGACAACAGUCGCUCUGCUGAUGGGGAGGUCGAAGGUCUGACGGACGAUUUCACGGCGCUUGAGUUCCUCAGUAUGGUCAACGUGGGUCUGAGCUCACUGGCUAAGAUUCCUUCACUGCCAAAACUACGUAAGUUGGAGCUGAGUGACAACAACCUGUCUGGCUCUCUAGAGACUCUUGCAGAGAAAUGUCCCAAUCUGACCUAUCUCAACUUGAGCGGGAACAAGAUCAAAGAGCUGAGCACUCUGGAGGCUCUGCAAAACCUGAAGAACCUGCAGAGUUUGGAUCUGUUCAACUGUGAGAUCACGUCUCUGGAGGAGUACAGGGAGAGCGUGUUCGAGUUACUUCCUCAGGUCACCUACUUAGACGGCUUUGAUCAGGAGGACAACGAGGCUCCGGACUCCGAUGCCAACGAUGAAGAUGAAGAUGGUGAGGAUGGGGCGGGGCCAACCGGCGAUUACGGCGAGGAUGACGAUGAAGAGGAGGAGGAGGAUGGCUCAGAAGGAGGAGAGGUGGGGCUGAGCUUUCAGGUGAACCAGGGCAAUCAGGAGGACUAUGAGGACGAGGAAGACUAUGCAGACGAGGAUGAGGAACAGGCGGGCGCUCAGGGACAGAAGAGGAAGAGAGACGUAGAAGAUGAAGGGGAAGAUGACGACGACGACGAUGAAGACAACUAGUCGCUCCGUGGGACCAACGUCUGCGAGUCCCGUCCCGACUCCCCCGGACCCGACUUCCAUCCGGCGGCGCCUGCCGUUCUCAGAUAGUUGGUUUCAGUUUGUUAUAGAAUCACUUGUUGUUUUUAGAUCAAAUAAGAAAUUUAUAGAGAUUUUAUCUGAACUUUACCUGCUGGCUCCGGCCGAAGAGUCCACAAGUUUCCCUUUAAAAACCCGAUUCAGGUCCGAACUGUGGUCUUCUCCGGUAGGUCUGCACCCCCAACGUCUCAUUGGACAACUGAAGUCUGGCUGCGGCAAUCAGGUCUUCAAAGCACAGGAGAUCAACCAGAAAAGUUUGGUUUUAUUUAGAUUUUCUGUCAGAUCUUCAGGGACAACUUUUACAAUCCUGCUGGCUUCCAGUGCUGACUCAGCAGCUUAGUCUCACACUGGAUUUUAAAUUUAAAGGAACAAAUAAUGAACUUUUGUUUGUCUGGUUUCUGAUCUGUUGCUCAGCUGGUGUUGCGUGGGUCCUUGAAUCAUGUAAGAACGAAACAGCGAUCAGCUCAUGUAGCCACCAGCACCAUCAGUAGAAGCGUUUCUGUGUGUUUCUGUAGCUUUUAAACAAACGCCGCAGCAAGCUGAGUCCCACCAGAUGAGUUUGAUGUAAACCAUUCAGGUCCUGCCGUCAGCUCGGUUUUAUUUAUCUAUUUAUCUUGUUUUGGGUGUGUUUGUGUUCUCUGUUGGAACUUCUCUGGUUUGUUUUAAAGCCAUUUUGUGGUUAUUCAUACAAAAUUCUGCUGAUGUAGCGUCAUGAUAGUCACGAGCUCUUAUGAACACAGGGUCAACACACACACAGUGGUUUCAUAGACGUACGGGGACCUUAAUAUUUCAGAUCAUUGAAACCACAAACUGACCUUAAAAUAACCACAAAUAAAUCUUUAACUCGUUACUUUAUCUUCUAGAUCAAAACCUUUAAAGUUUUUUGUUUUAAUCACUACAGACCCUUCGGCAGAAACAGGAAGUAAACACGUGUUCUCAGGAACCACCAGUUCACCUUUUUUUUGUGUUUGUUUGUUUGUUUGUUGUUUAACUCCUGAGCUACUAAUUAUAAACAGAAUUUACACCAAAUCUUAUUAGCAGCUGUAAAAAUAACAAUGGAGACGUUUGGUUCAUAUCUGCUAUGGAAGGAGCAUCUGGUGGACUCCUGCUCCACCUGGUUAUCGUUAGACCCUGCUGUACUUUAAAUCCUGGUGUUUGUAUUCUAGCGUGUGUUUCAUUCAGUUUAGAACUGUGUGUGUGUGUGUGUGUGUGUGUGAUGCUCGUGAGCGAGUGGCAUUAGCUCUAUGGAUUUUGUUUUUGUUAACCGUGUUCCGUUUUUUUUUUUGGUUUCUAUGUUUUAUUAAUAAUGGCUGUUAAUAUUUUUAUCCUUUUAAAUGACAGAGUGGCUGACGCUCCCCUAUAGGUGGGUAAAAUCGCCACAUCUCGGGCUCCGUUUGGAGCAGCCUGACAGCUCUCCUCGACCACCUCCUGCUUUUUGUUUUAUACAUUUUGCAUCCUCGGCUAACGGCCUCGUGAGUUUUAUCAAAGGGAGGCGUCUUUACAUCAGUUAAACUUGUUAUCAGCUGAAUUAUCUAUUUAUUUGCAGCUUUCUGCUGUAUUUUAUGAUCUCUGUCAGAUCAGCAUUAACAGUGUUCAUUAUUAAAAUAUAUUUAUAUUUACUUUUAAAUCACUUCACAA